GCAUAACUGAUUGAUUCGGCGUAACUAAGCGAUCGAAGGUGAAGAAUUAUUGCCUCGGAGCGAGUCUAGGAACAAAAGGAGUUGAAUCUCGAUUGGAAUCUCUUGCAGGAAAAAUAUGUCGAUGCGUUCGGCAUGAAGUACACGAGAAAUCAUAGCCGAGUAGAAGAUGCGAGAUGGAGGACGAGUCGGGUUUCUCGUAGCGAGAAGGCGAAGAUGGGCAAUAACGGAAGCAGCUCUCGGGAGCAACAGGCCGCGUCCGUGUGUUCGAACGGACUGGUAACGACGUCGGAGGCAAGCCGAGGAUGGUCACAGUCGUUCCCUCGGGAGCUGGCCAGGCACCAUCACCGUUCCCAAGCUCCGCCGGUGGUGGCGGCGCGAAUGGUCCUGCCCGAGCCACCUAAUCAAAGACUACGCGCCACCGACAACGGAUCCAUCAUACAGAACGGCGGCACGAUAAGCGGUCGCAGAGCGCCGACGUUUUCAUCAUCCCGCGAUUUCGCCAAGAGGAACGAGCCGUUUCGAGAGAGAAGCAUCUCCGCGUGCCAGCCUGCCGAGGGCCGAUCGCGAAGGAUCGACCGACACUGUUGUCGUUAUCGAACGGAGCAAAAUCGAGCGGAAGCGACCUCGAACCUGAAGAGAUUCGACAGCGAGCCCGAUCUCCGUUACUCCCCGGAUGCUUGCUCGUCGAUCCAGGAUCGUUCGAGUAUCGGCAGAUCGAGCGACAGAGAGGACGGUGCUCGAACCUCGAACGGUCAACGCGCGCAACUCAGAGAGUCCAAGGAGCGGCUCGAGGGUAGAUACAAAGCUAGGAAAAAGUACAAAGCCCCGGCUCCUCCGAGCAACGGCGAUCUCGCGGACGAAUCACCGUCGACUCUCGGCGGAGGCGGCGAUGUCGAGACUCGUUGCAGACUCGAGCAACAGCAGCUUCAACCACCCCCGAGGAGAUCUCGUCUGUUCAAAACUCGAGCGGAGACGAAGAAGGCUCAGGUCACUUGGCAAUUGUCCUCCGGCGGGCUGGCUCGUUCGUUCGAUCGUGCACGCGAGUCAGCCAGCCGUACGACCGAACAGAACACCGAUCAACGAUCCGCUUCGAAUCGUUGGAACGCUUCCAGUACGAAUCGUUUCAACGAGCAGACGUCUGAUCAUCGAAAUCGAUGCAAACUCACCGACGGGAAGAACACUCUGCAGAGGAGUAUGAGCAGUCCCGAGUUUCAGGCGGAGCUGAUCCAGGUGGCGAGGCGAGUUCGCGACAAGCUCGACUGCACCGGUAAAUCGGUCGGCCUCGAAGCUGCUGAUUUCGAGGGACGAGCGGCGAACGCAUCGACGGAGGAAGAAAGAUCCCUCGUUCCGGCGGCGCCUCCUCAAGCCGAGGGGAAAAUCAACCACGCGAGAUCGACGAGCGUCGAUCGAGACUCGAUCGUGAAACCUACGAAGCCGGUGAAGCCGAUGCUUCGGAGACUCGAGGACGACGAGACGACGAGACGUCGAAGCGGAUCGUACGGCAAGGCCGUUGAACUCGCGAGAGAGAGAACCGUUACGGGUGCGAGCGGUCCGGAAACGUUGCGAGACAAGGAGAAUCGGGAUCCUGGACGAAGGAACGGCGAGUCGAACGGCGCUCGUCGGAAACGUUCGAUCGACGGAGAACGAACGGACGGCGUGGAAACGGACAAAUCGGAUACGAAGAGAAGGAGCAACCGUGUCGGCGAAACUACCGCGUCCGUGGUCGAGGAUGAUCGUUCCAGACAAGAACACCGUCGUUCAUUCGUCUCCCCGACGCGAUCCGCGCCAAAGACCUUCUAUUUUGGAAUGAACGAAACGCGGACGGAAAGCAACGAGCCAGAUCUGCGGGGAACCGAGGAAGCUGAGUUCAAGUUUCCGGACGGUGGGAACGAGGAUGGUAGACCGACGGUGGAUCUGAUCGACGACGAGGACGAGAACGAGAGGAACGUGGUCGAGAACAUCUCGCUGAAAUUGCGACCAACCCUGCCGAAGAAGCAGCUCGAGAUUCCGCGAUUUUCGCCGUCGGCCGCAUGGAGAUUGCUGUCGGCACUGGAAGCACCCGGACCAAGCAUGAGCACCGCCAGCGAAGAAUUGCCGGUGACGUUCGAGGAACGAAUAGAACGUUCAUCGAGACCGCCGCCCCCGUUUCCGUUGUCGCUGGGCCCGAGGAGCUGGCACGACAAGUCAGGCGAUUCGGGCAUAUCUGGCGACGCCGGGGCGGCGAACGACGACUCGUUGGACGUGAGUACGAUCAACAGGAUGAAAACGACGCCGAUCAGGCCCGCGUGGACGCCGCAGCAGGACUUGGGGGAGGAAUCGAGCAGCGACGCCGGUGUCGACUCGCCGCCGCCUCCACCGUUGCCAACCCCGUUUAAAUAUCCCCCUCGAGCUCACGUCUUCUCCCUCUCGUUGCCCAGAGACGACGCGAGAACCUAUUUCUGCGCUCCCGACCCGAAGUCCAGAGAAGGAUCCGCCUUCAAUUCCCUUCAGAAACUGAAGAGGUCGGUGUCCGGAGCUUUCGGCAUCGGCGCGCACGACCCUCGAACCAGUUCCACCCGCGACCUUCUCGACGACAAUUGGCUCUUGUCCUCGAGCGCGCCAAACUCGUUGCAACACAAUCGGGUCGUCGAUGCGUCGCGAAACUCGCCGUCCGCUUGGAAACCGUAUUUAUCCCGCGAAUCUACCGGGCAGCGCGUUUACGGACGCGACAGCGGCCCCGAGGACGACGAGAACGAACCACGCGCCGACGACGGACACGACGACGGCGACGAUGGAGACGAAGACGAGGACGAGGAUGACGACGAGGACGAUGACGAGGACAGUGACGCCGUGGACGCGGACGUUGACGCUUCUGUGCGAUACGAAGCCGACGGGGUACGCGUCGACGAGGACGGCUCGAAAAGCAACAAGUCGAACGAUUUCCCGGUCGUCAUGAAACCACCGUCUUUCUCAUACUUGACCCCGGGCGGACACGUGAUGUAUCUACCGGAAUCGAACGACGCGGAACAUCGGGCACAGGGUUUUAACGGCGAGAAAGUUAAACGCGACGAGGACGAGGACGAAGACGAGGUCAACAAUGACGUUAUGCCGGCGAAACGACGAUCUAGAAACUCCAGAGGUUACAUAGACGCGAAGAAUUCGAGGGGAAGGAAGGAAUCUUUGAACUGUUCCGAGAUGUACGAGGCAAAGAGGGUGUCGUCCGGUUGCGAGGAAGUGGUUUCCUGCAAACAGACGUCCACGCAGGUGACGGAGACGAAACCUCAACGAAAGAGCAGAAGAUUCACUUUUCAAUCGACCGUCAGGCAAAUAGAGAGGCGCAGGUUGGCCGAGAAGUUGUCGAGGGAAGCCGAAGCGAAGGAACGACAGCGGAAGGGUGAACUGGAAGCGAUGCGAAAGGUCGAGGAAGAGUUUCAACGGAAACGCGCGAAAGAGAAGGCGAACAUCAGGCAACAGUUGCGUUUGUUCAAAGAGAUGGAAGAAAAUUUCGAUAGCCUGGCGAGCCCGAAAUGGGACGGUUCGCAGUUGUCUCGCGCCGAUCCGGACGGCGCUCCGUCUUCCACCGCUUCCUCUCCGACUUCCAUGCCGAUCGGAAACACCACCCCAGUGUCCGGCAAAAGCUUCGUCCACGAGGAACAUCGCCGGAAGAGAAACGUCGGCUCGGACUCGAAGAAACGUCGCGCCGGCGAACAGGCCGCUCAUCGUGCGAAGUACUACGACUGGGCGCCGGACGCCUCGUCGCACCUGGAACACAAGCAAACCACCGUCCAUCCGAAGAUCGUUUGCGACAUCCCGAAAAGUUCUCCUGUUUUUGUCGACGCGAACGUCCAUCCGGCCAAGCCGGUCGCUUCCAACUCCACUCCGAGGUCGGACAAUUACAGGAAGGAUUUCGCCCACGGUGCCGUGAUAACCAAGACUUCGUUUGCGAGCAGCGACAGCGAACUCUCGCAGCCGAACACGAGACCGCACUCCAGGCAGACCGGAAGCAACGGCAAAUCUUUUCGAGCUGGGUACGCGUCUUCCUCGACGUGUGCAAAGAAAACGAACGAACGGUUGAGCAGGUCCGGCGGAAGUCCAGGGCAAAGCGAGGAGCCGGGGACUGGGGACAAGGAACUGGACGACCCGGUGGAAGCAGCGGAACAGCCGAGAAAAGCAACGCACGAUUUUACACUAAGCGGAGUGCAACCUUUCACGAAGCAGAAAGCCUACAGACCGAUUUCUUUCAACCCUCAACCACCUCCACCUGUUCCAACGAUAAUUUGGAACAAGAAUCGGUUGGGUGCAGCGUAUUACAAUGUUCUCACGUCCGAAUUGUUCGUGAUGGAGGAUACGACUGACGACGUCGAGUGUUUCGACGCGAUGAAAGCUUUGUACAGGCAGUGUAUGCCACGUUACGUACUCACGUACGCCGGGGUGGCUGGUGCGUUCAUCAUCGCUCUGAAAGAGAUGAUAACAGGGGAUGCACCGAACCAAGGUUCGUCGAGUUCCUACGACUCGAGGCGCACCGCGGAACUGAAGAUAAUGUGCAGAAAAGAGCACAAUUACGAGCGAUGCUCACAGAGAGUGCGUUGUUUGCGGCUGGAAUCCGAACCUAAGGAGGCGAGUAACGCGGACAGGCUGACUUUCUUGAACACUAUACUCAAUUUUAAAUGCUGCACCAUGAUUCACGCGCUGGGCUCGCUGUUGUUGUUCAUCGACAAACACUGGAACGAUAUCGCCUUAGUUCCAUCCGGAAGACCGUCCUUCGUCUCGCUUAAUUUCAUUACCCUUCAAGACCUGGUCGCGAUAGACGAAGACACCUACGAAUCGUUGAACAUCGUGCGAGCCAAGGAUCAUCCAAGUCUGUUCAAGUUUGGAAAAGCGGACUCGAAAACGAGAGGCGCGAGCCUGUUCACCCUGCUCAGUCGUUAUUGUCUGUCUCAACCAGGAGUGCAGUUUCUAUGGUAAAUCCUUUAUUUCCUCAGCCACCGAUCAACGCUGCAUCAUCCGACGCGAAACUUGGAUGUAUUGGAGGAGAGAUUGAACGCGAUCGAAUUCUUCUUGGACCUCAACAACCAAAACUUCGUGGAGAACCUGUCGAGUUGCUUGAGGCACGUGUACCGUUUGACCAACGCUAUACUCGCCUGUUGUUCCGGGCCUCAAGCGAAAGCCUCCAAUUGGUAUAAAUUGCACAAGACCGUAUCACACGUAAUUUGCAUCGGCGACAUAUGCGAGGAUCACGCGGAAAAGAUUCCAACGUUCAAGCGAAUCGCCGAGAGCGUCACUACCGAGAUGCAAUACGUCAAGUAUUUUAUCGAGUAUAUAGUCGAUUUCGGCGAGAGCAGGCGAGAAGGGAAACUCGUGGUGAAACCGAACGUCGAUCCUUUGCUGGACGAACUGAAUCACGUACGACGCACUUUGCCCGAGGUGCUCACCCGGAUGGCAGAGAAAGACAUGCGGGAACAUCUUCCUCCUUCGGUCGAAGGCUGUAACAUGCUCUACUUGCCGAAUAUCGGUUACGUGCUGGCGAUAAACAAGUGGAAUCCGACUCCACCGGACGACAACGUUCUCUUCACCGAUUUGGAAUUCAAAUUCACCAUCAACGACGUGCGCUAUUACAAAAGCUCUUCGGCCAAAGAGCUGGACGAAACGGUGGGCGAUAUCUUUCUGAAGAUCGCCAUGCGACAAAAUCAUAUCAUACAAAAGUUGGUGCGAUAUGUAAAGAAACAUACCGGGUCGAUCUUGCGCUCGAUUCAACUGUGCGCCGAACUGGAUACAUUGAUCGCGUUCCACAAAGUGGCGCGCGAUUACAAUUACGUGAGACCGAUUUUAACCGACUCAAAGAUAUUGGAAGUAGUAGAGGGACGACACCCGUUGUUGGAGUGCGGUUGCACCUUCGCUCCGAAUGAUAUCCAUUCGGGAAACGGGAAGAGUUUGAUCAAAGUCAUAACAGGGCCGAAUUCGUGCGGCAAGAGCGUGUAUCUGAAACAGGUAGGGCUCUUGUUAUUCAUGGCGCACAUAGGCUCUUACGUGCCAGCCAAAUCGGCCACCAUCGGCACGAUCGAUCGUAUCUCGACUCAGCUGUCUUACACGGAGAGUAUCGGCUUGAACGCGAGCUCGUUUCUGCAAAAUCUUCGACAGAUCAACGUUGCCCUCCGCGCGUCUACAGGCAAGUCACUCGUGAUAACGGACGAAUUGGACAGAAAUACGUCGGAAAUUAGCGGAUCGUCGCUGGUCGCGGCCGUGCUGAACGAGUUUGCGGAAAAAGGCGCCGAUUGUCCCCACGUGUUUGCCACGACGCACGCACACGGUGUUCUCGCGUUGCUUCCCCGAACACCAUUGAUCCAGGUUCAGACCUUUGAAUACACAUUGAACGAGGACGACAGUUUGGCCUUUCUUUAUCGGUUGACCAGCGGAAGUAGCCAGCGCAGCUUCGCGCAUUCUGCCGCGAGAGUCGCGGAAUUGGACGAAAAGGUCGUAAAGCGAAGCCUCGAGGUGUACGAGAAGAUCAAGCAGGACACGUUACCAUCCCCGGUCGAUCGACGCUUCGAAACGGUAAAGCGUAUCGUGGAACUGUUCGAAACGAGCACAGACUUAGAUUUAGACGAGGUGAAAUCGUUGGUACGGCAAGCCGUACACCCGAAAUAAUGUCAAGUACCUACUUUUAACUACGUUUAAAGAAUAAAAUUCUACGCCGCAUAAUUUACAAAUAAAAAUAAAAAAAUAAGAAAAAAGCAGUCGGAAGGGGUCAAAUUGAUUCGUUAAACGGCCGAUAGAUGGGAGGAGGAUGCAGGAUUUA